ACUUGAGCCACGGAAACACAUGAUUGAUACUGCUGCCGUUAAAGUUUGUUGUCUAUACAGGUAUAAGCCGGACGUAGCGGUUUUAUAUGACGUUCUGACCUUCGCAGUGUAGGUACAACCUAUACUUUGUUAAUCUAGUUCCAGUCAUGGAGGAUUUACAAUACUACAAUACGAAGGAUAAUUCAAUGGACAACGCAGCUUACGAUACGAUUUCCCAAGACUCUGAUCUUUCAUCGGGUAGCGGACGGUCUGCAAGCUCAACUGACCCUAUUUACCAGUACGCUACACCAGACGGGGACAUCAAGACACGAAAAUUUUCGCAGGUCUUACACGCGAAAGAGGGCCAAUUACCAUCGAGUAGAAAGAAAUCCCGCUGUCGGUUUCCAAAUACUUGGAUAUUUGGUGCCUCUGUUGUACUAGUCACUUUCGCUUUGAUGUGCGGGAUUGCAGUGUAUAUGAUCAAUAUUAAUAUGUGCGUUCCAAAUCCAUGCCAGAAUAAUGGGACAUGUUUAGAAGAUUACGGUUAUUAUAGAUGUCAGUGCCCCUAUGGAUUCACGGGGUACGAUUGUGAAACAGAUAUAUCAGGAUGUCCUACUAACCCAUUUAUGUGUUAUAAUGGAGAGUGCAUAGAGUAUUACAAGGUGUGUGAUUCAACCAGUGAUUGUAGUGAUUCCAGCGAUGAAAAUGGAUGUGUUUACUGCGGAACUGGUUACAGAACUUGUGGACAAAGCGGACAAUGCAUACCUACAGAGUUCAUAUGCGAUGGACACGUUGAUUGCUCUAAUAAUUUCGAUGAAGUUGGUUGUAGCAAUGAAUGCAGCUUUAACGAGUUUUCUUGUGAUGGCACGUGUCUCCAGAGUUAUAAAGUUUGUGACAAUUACCUAGAUUGCAGAAAUGGAAGCGAUGAAGUCAAUUGCGAUAUACAAACCAUAAUUAGCAAUAACAACACAUUCGCUGAUGAAGGGAGUGCAGUUUUUAUAAGAUGGAGCUUCAUAGGAAGAACGCCCCAGCUUCAGAUGAUAACUGUACACAGAGAUGGUGUCGUGCCAGUCUAUAUAAUUGGUGGCGGCCGUUUAGUACAUGGUAGUGUUGGACGUUAUUCAUUUGCAUGGGAUGUUGACAAUUCAGAAUUCACACUCUCCAUAAACCCAGUUUUGUUGGAAGAUGCCGGAGUUUUAGUUUUGAUGAUACAACACUCGCUUCAGCACACAGGCGUUGUACAUUUACACGUCCAAGAAAUACCAUGUUACCCUGUUUCGCCGUGUUAUGGUGGUGUGUGCUCAUCCGCUGGAUCUUGUCUUUGUGACGCUGGGUAUACUGGUGAAAGAUGCCAAGCAGGGCCACCAUUAUUUGAUGUGACGCUCAGAGAUACAGCACAUACUUACAGUGACGUAUACGAAGAUCCAUAUUCAUUGGAAUACCAGCAGUUGGAAUUCAGUGUAUCACGCGCGAUGAAUAACACAUUCGCAACGUUUGGUCUUACUGGCGUCAUUUUGACAGCAAUCAGUAAUGGAAGUAUUAUUUGCAAAACGGAUCUUACGUUCGGAGGAAACUCAAGCAUCCAAACCGCGAAUGUGCAACAAACAUUGAAUGACGUCAUAGCAAACCCAUCGUCUGAUCCAUUCGCUUCCGAGGGAUUAGUUGUUGACUCAAAUUCAAUAUCAGUUAAAGAUUUAGACGUUGGCUGCGAUAAGCUGUAUUCUCUAUCAGCUGGCCAGUAUGUCACGAUUGACACAACUUUAAGACCACCACCAAGCAAGGGUGACCCCAUAUGUAACAUUACCGUUGUUACAGAGCUGAAUCACCAAUUACUAUGUAAAGUCGAAUGGUUUAACAUGGCCGACGCCGUCUGGUUUUAUGAUUCUACGGGAUUGUCAUUUCCGGCUAUCGGCAUGCUUGACUCUUUCACCGUGACUACGUCUUUUCAUUUUGGAUCGCUUACAUACGAUAGCGGUUUAUUAAACACUGGUUCGAAUGGAUUCCGUAUUGUAUGUUAUGAUAUUGAUGGUCGUAACAUUGCAAUGACUGCAGGCUCAUCUGGAGUGUUCGCUGUUCACCUGAAUACUGCGGUACCGAUACUGGAGCAGGUUGUUUUCACUAAUUCCUCGGUGCUGACAGCAGUUGCUUAUCAUGACGAUGUUGUGUAUUGGUCUAACCCGGAUCUGCAGGUUAUAGGGAAAACCUAUUACGGAUCUUCUGUAAAUGAAGUAGUGUUUGACAAUCACCUUGAGCAUGUUAUUUCAAUACGAAUAGACACCAUUACAGGUCUACUUUAUUGGAUAGACGCUUCAAAACACACCUUGGAAGUGGCCUCUAUACACAAUCUACAGGGAACUAGGACAAUAUUAUAUGUAUACGACGAAUAUGAGGGCUUGUCUGACAUUGCAUUGGACCCUGUUAAUGGGUAUGCAUAUGUAGCAGGCAUGCAGUCGAUAUACAAAUCACACAUGGACGGACAAAAUAUGCAAGUUAUUUUGCAGGAUAACUCCAUGUACAAUCUUGCUAUAACUGUGGACCUUCAGCUAUCUCGUGUGUAUUGGUAUGAUCCGUCCAGGGGCUACUUGGAAUCUUGUGAUAUGAAUGGCGGCAAUAGGACACUGGAGGCACGUGUACAGUCCCUUCCUGGAACAAUGCCUAUAGCAAUGGGUUGA